AUGGAGGAGGGUUUGACGUGGCCGUCGGAGAGGCUGGAAGUUCAGACAGCUGCUUCUCCCGGGGUCAGCCGGCGGAUAUCAGUCAGCGAAUUCUCUUGCCAUUGCUGUUAUGAUAUUCUCGUCAAUCCCACCACCUUGAACUGUGGGCACAGCUUCUGUAGGCAUUGCUUGGCGUUAUGGUGGACGUCUUCCAAGAAGAACGAGUGUCCAGAAUGCAGGGGGAAAUGGGAAGGAUUCCCCAAAGUCAACAUUCUUCUCAGGUGAUUCUAGCAAUUGAGGACUGUGAUGUGUGGUUUUCAUACAAUGGUUGAGAUAUGUUAGUCUGCCCUCUUUGCUUAGUAAGAUCCGUUGGUCCUACGAUUUUCAUACUUUUAAUUUCAUUUUUCAUUUCACUUUUCAUGUAUAUAUUACUAUACGCAAGGCAGUCUGCAAGCUGAAGAAAUAAUAAAGAUUAUACACCUUAUAUCAAUCUGAUCCAAUGUGAAAAAAGCCAUGAUAAAAACAUGACUUUAAAAUAAACAAAGCAAUACUCAAUAAUCUAUCAGAAUAUCAUAGUACACGAUGAAAUUAAAUGUCAGCAAAAAAUCAUUGGGUAGAAAUUCACUCCUAACAAUUACAAUAAAUAUUUGCUAAACUAUAAUUAGUAAAAACAGCAAGUCACAGUGCAUAAAUACCACAAUACAUACAAAACCAUGUAAAAGGAUCAAAUUGAGAAACAAAGACACACAACUUGUAAAAAUAUAUAUUAAAAAAAGAAAUCCUGGACUCAUUUCCCCCUCUUCUCUACUUUUGCUGUUCUUAAUGCCAUGGUUUGGGAAAGGCUUACUUACUUCUUAGAUCCUCUAAAUGCCCUCCACUGUCAGUCUCAGCGUUUGAGGAUUGCAUGAGUCUUCCCUGGGGUAGAAAGACCACUGUAGAGCUCGCUUGGUGCUCUCCAUGGCUGUUUCAGUUCAAACCACUGGAGGAGGAGUUCCAGGCUAAUAGCCAGAUGUUCUCCUCCAGGCCUCUCCCCACAUCACACCCUCUACCCUCUUUGAGACAUUUUUGUGUGGCUAGAAUGUGUCCUUGAAAGGUGAUGGUACCUCUUGCUUCCCUGAACAGAGGGGUGUGUGUGUUUUGCGUAGCUGAAAUGCAGUCUCCCGUCUGCAGGUGAGAUUGACAUCAGUUGCACCUCCCCCUUCUGCUUCUAGCUCCGCCCACCACAGGCACCCUGGGAAUCCUGUCCAUGAGAUAAUGUGGUUAUAAAAGAUCCCCCCCCCCCCGGUUAAAAGGGUUUAGCCAGCAGAAUGACUUACCGUUAUCACCUGUUUGUACCCAACUCAUCCUCCUACAGAGCUCAUGGUAGCUCAUUUAUCAGUCCUGUAAGGUAGGCCAGGCUGAGAGGAGAGUACAGUUGGCCUGAGGACAGCUAUCAAACUUCACGACCAGUGAGCUGGACUCAGGUCUCCCCAGUCCAGCAUUCUAGCCAUGUCCCCCCUCCUCAGUGCAAAGGAGAAGGCCCCUUCUCCAGAUACAGCCUGGCCGCAAACUGCAGGAAGAAGUCUUGCAAAGUAACACUCUCUUUUUCUAGGGAUGCAAUCGAAAAACUGUUUCCAGAUGCGAUUGAGCAGCGGAAGGACGACAUCCAGCAGAACAGCGACGCGUCCCUCAGCCUUGCCGCCUUUCAGAAAUACGGGAGCGAUCAGACCUCUGCAGCUCCAACGGCGGGGCGAAUUAAUCCUCGAGGAGGGGGGUUUUUCUCUGGUGUGCUGACAGCGCUAACUUGUGUGGCUGUAAGUCUCCCCCUUUAAAAAGCCCUGUGCUGGUGGGACAUAAAGCUGAGGAUGGGUUUUUGAAGAUCUGAUUGUAUAGUUGCAGAAAACUUAGCAAGUCUCCUGACUUAAUGGGCCCCUUCAGAGAAAUUUCAAAGGACAUCCUGUUGCCCUCCAUCUUAGUUCCCUUGAGCAGGAAAGGUGAAGGGAAGCCUAUAGAGCAGCCUUUCUCAACCUGUGGGUCCCCAGAUGUUGUUGAACUACAACUCCCAUCACACCUAGCUAGCAAGGCCAGAGCUCAGGGAUGAUGGGAGUUGUAGUCCAACAACAUCUGGGGACCCACAGGUUGAGAACCGCUGCUAUAGAGGUUCGCAGCUACUAGAUUUGGUUUUUGUCUGCCCUUGGAAGUUGCCUUAUAUUGAGUCAGACCAUUGAUCCAUGCAGCUCGGUUUGUCUACACUGAUUGGCCAUGAAUCUCCAGGGUUUCAGACUGGGGACAUUCCCAGCUGUAUUUGGAGACCCCGGGAAUUGGAUCUGGGACCUUCUAGAUAAAACGCAGAUGCCCUAGCACUGAGCUUUGGCCCUUCCUUCUUCAGUAGCUGGGAUGCCUGGCAUUUGGCUGCGGCCACCAGGUAGGUUUCCACCUCUUUCCCCCUCCUACAGGCUGAUGUCCCCAAAGAAAAUGCUGGAGACUAGAAUGUGGAAAGGAACCCAGAGGGAAGAGUAAUGUUUGACAUGGUGCAUGAAGCUUAGUUCUCGCUUCAGCUGCAGGGCUCCCAUAAUAUAUUCCCUAGCGCUUCCACCGUGCUGUUAUGGGAGGGUGUUCUUGUCCCAGAGUCACCCAAUGAGUCCUUGGCUAUCAGGCUUUCCAGCUGUAUGUCAUCUCCCCCUCCAAGCUGUAUUUAAGCCAGGCUCCUUGGAGUGCCAGACCAGAAACUUUACAGUUGGUGAAUGUUCAUUUUUGCUUUGUAUUUAUGUACAGUUGUACCUUGGUUCUCGAACUUAAUCCAUUCCAGGAGUCCGUUCGACUCCCGAAACCUUUCGAAUACCAAGGCGUGGCUUCCAAUUGGCUGCAGGAGCUUCCUGCAUUCGAGCAGAAACUGCGUUGGAUAUUCAGCUUCCAAAAAACGUUUGCAAACCGAAACACUUACUUCCUGGUUUGUGGCAUUUGGGAGCCAAAACGUACAACUACCAAGGCGUUCGAGAACCAAAAUACGACUGUACUUAAGCCUACAUUGGGUGGUGUGGGGUGUUUUUUUUUUUUUAAUAUUGAAAUUAUUCUGUGUUUGCUAAAUUGUUGAUUUUUUGUAAUUUUGAAUUCACUGGCAUGUUCCGUAUUUAGAAUAUUUGUAUUUCCAGUGCUCUCUAUAUUGAUGCUUUUGAAUGUUUGCUGCAAGCUGUUUUGGGCACAUCUCGUCGUGGAAAAGCGGCAUAUAAUUAAAAUCAAUUGAUCAAUCAAGUCCAGCGCAAUCCUUUGGGCCACGCUGGGUGCUUUGCUCUUGUAUUAAACAUCUGAAACAUGUUUAAUAUGUUUUAUAGUCACCCCAGUCACCGCUGUGCAUUACCCAUCAUGGACCCUCUUCACUGCUUUCUAGGUAGUUUUGCUCGGCUAUCACUGGAGCAGCCGGGAGUCGGAAGAUGACCUCCUCGUCCACAAACCCGUUGCGAAAUGGACUGCUGGGGAGGUGGUACACUGGCUGGGGCAGCUGGGACCCUGGACUUCCCUCUACAAGGAGAGGUUUUUACUUGAGCGCGUUAAUGGGAGGUGAGGAAGAUCCCUUUGGUGAUGCUCUGAGAUUAUUGAGAGAGAAACUUCAUUGUACCUGGUGCCUUGCUUAUAAAAGAUUUUGUGCUCCUCAGGUGAUGUGAACACAGGGGCAAAGCAAAACAAAAGUCUUGUUGUGUUCAAAGUAAGUUUUUAAUCUGUAGCGUGGCUGUUAGCAAUAGUUCCCUGUUAGUCAUCUUGCUAGGACCAUGUCUAAAUUCUAGAGUAGGCAGAUGCGCUUUGCUCUCAGUGCAAAUAUCCACAGACCCGUCUUGUCUUGAUGGUGAUAUUCGACUUGGUAGUUCAGCGUGAUUUGGAGCAGGGCAGAGGGCGUUUCCUUCGUGUCACAGUAUCUCCUGGUCUUGCAGGCUCCUGCUGACGCUCACGGACGAGGACUUCUCAAAGGCUCCUUACAAUGUAGAGAACAGUAGCCACAGGAAGGCCAUUAUGACGGAACUGGAACGUGUGAAGAUGCUGGGCGUCAAACCACCGCAGAACCUUUGGGAGUACAAGGUGAGAGGGUGUUACAGGAAGUCCCGCCUCCAUCGGCCUAGACCUUUAGCCCCUGCACCAAAUUACCGUAUUUUUCGCUCCAUAAGACGCACCUGACCAUAAGGCGCACCUAGUUUUUAGCGGGGGAAUGCAAGGAAAAAAAUUCUUUAAAGAGAGCGCUGCACAGAGUCUGUAUGCAUCCCAGGCUCUGCUUAGCGCUCCCUUUCACGAGCCGCAUGGAGCGUGUGUGCGGUGCUUGCAGGCUUUUCCCCAGGAGGGAGAAGGGCAGCCCCGUCACUGACGGGCUGCCCUUCUCCCUCCUCAGGGGACAAGCCCCCAAGAUGCUCCACACAUGCUCCACGCGGCUCGUGAAAGGGAGUGUGGCUCUUGGGGGCUUUUCUGGGAGGUGGGGGAAGGGACUGCCCUCUGUCCCUUUCCCCACCUCCCACAAAAGCCAGCAAGUGCCGCACGCUCUUUAAAGGGUGCGCGGCUCCUGCGGGCUUUUCCCCGAGGGAAAAAGCGGCCAGUCAGUCCCUUCUCCCUCCUUGGGGAAAAGCCCGCAAGAGCCGCACGGAGCGUGUGUGCGGCUCUUGGGGGCUUUUCUCGCCUGCCUCCCGCUUGCAUUCGCUCCAUAAGAUGCGCACACACUUCCCCUUACUUUUUUUUGGGGGGGGGUGCGUCUUAUGGAGCGAAAAAUAUGGUACUCUUCUGUCCUUGUGGUGUUUUGAUCCUCGGCAUCCCUGCUGCGACCCAGCCCUGCUCUUGAGUCUGGUCCCCAUCCUAUCUUCAGCCUGUGUCGCCCAAGUGCGGUGUAAUGGUUUGAGUGUUGGACUAGGACCUGGGAGUCCAGGGUUCAAAGCCCCGCUCAGCCAUGAAGCUCAUUGGGUGACCUUGGGCCAGUCGCCAUCUCUUAGCCUAACCUACCUCACAGAGUUAUUGUGAAGAUGAAAUGGGGAGGAGGAGAACCAUGAACACCAACUUGAGCUCCUUGGAAGAUAAAAGUGCUAUAGAAAUGUAAUAAAUACAUAAAUAAAAUAAAAGUAUCAUAUCCUGGCUUGAAGCCAUUUUACGAAGGAGCAGGGAGUCUCCCCAAUUUCCGUGGAAUUUCCUGUAUCUGAGAGCAAAUGCCACAGUGUGCACCCCAUUGUGCAAUUUAAUGCUGGCAAGUUCCCUCCCCACUGCCUACUCUAAUGAUUUCUUACACAAUUACACUCUGGUCUGCUUGAUGCAGGGCUGGCCUGAAGGGAGAAAUCCACAGAGCAAAUCCCCUCCUGCUGAUUAAUUACGGGGAACUAAUUUAUAAUAGGGAUCUGGGGAAUGAAAGGCCGGUUAGCUUAACGUCAGUAGUGGGGAAACCCACUAAACAGGUAAAAUUGCCAAGCAAGAGGAACAAGCCUUGCUGAAGUAGAAUCAGCAUGGCUUUUGCCAGGGUAGGUCCUGUCUCAACAUCUAGAGGGUUUUUUCCCUCCCCAAGCAUGCCAGCAGAGAUGAAUCAGUUGACAAUGGUCUCUUAUGUUUUCAAAAGGUUUUUGAAAAUUUAUCCCUGAAAAUUUACCCCUGAGUAAGCUGAGUAGUCGUGACAUAACCACAGAGAUCCUCUUAUGGAUCAGGACUUACUUAGGAAUAGAAACAGAGUACAGUCGUACCUUGGAUCUCGAAUGCCUUGGUACUCGGACGUUUUGGCUCCUGAACGCUGCAAACCCCCAAGUGAUUGUUCCGGUUUGCAAACGUUCUUUGGAACCCGAACGUCUGACGGGGCUUCCGAUUGGCCGCAGGAGCUUCCUGCAGCCAAUUGGAAGCCGCGCUUUGGUUUCCAAACGUUCUGGAAGUCGAAUGGACUUCCAGAACAGAUUCCGUUCAACUUCCGAGGUACGACUGUAUUAAUAAAUGGACAGUUUUCUCCGUGGUGGGAUGUGGAAAAUGGAGGGUUGGUGUUGGAACCUGUUCUUUUUAACUGGUUUAUUGGUGAUCUAGAAUUAGGGCUGAGCAGUGAGGGAGCAGGAUUGCCCUGAGGUGUCAGGUGGGGCCAGUGAUCUCUCAUUCUGCUAUCUAUAACGAUGCCUCUGAUCUCUGAAGCACCAGAACAGAAGAAGAUAGAGCCUCUCCCCCAGUUAGGCAGGCUUCAUGUGACCCUUACUUAAUAUGACUAGGAUCUUAUGUUACACGCCUGGAGGGUGAAGAGGUUGGUGAGACAAAGCUGCAUUUCACAGAAGACCCCUUGCACUCUCCCUUGCUUCCGUUUGCUCUUCCUCGUGUAUUCAUGUGUUCCGGCUAACGGCUGACUCUCCCCCAUUUCUCUCCGUUUCCUCGCAUUCCAGGCGGUGCAUCCUGGGAAGUCGCUGUUCCUGUUGUACGCCUUGAAGAGCUCCCCUCGGCUCACCAUGCUCUACUUGUACCUCUUUGAUUACACGGACGUCUUCCUCCCCUUCCUCCACACCAUCUGUCCCGUGCAGGAGGAGGAGCUGGAGGACAUUCUCGCAAAGCUGCUAGUAAGUAAGAGCGGGAGACGUCCGCCUUGGGAACAUGCCCCCCUCCCGAACACCAAAAAAGUGGGAAGGGGUUUUGUGGGGGUGGCAGUACAGAAUGCUUUGAGGUUGCAGAUCAGCGACCCUCGCCAAAAGCCCUGUGAGCAAUGGCCCCAGGAGCGAAAAUGGGGGCAAACUUCAUGGGGGCAGCAAGCCAAGGGCUUUUGUAUUUCAAUUUUUCGAAGGUUUUUAACACAUUGGGCUCUAGAAUCCAACACAUGUAUAAAAAGAUAAUAAAAAGAAAUAUCUCAAAAAUAAUAUAAAGAAAAUAUAAAAUAGAAUACUCAUGAUUCUUACAAAACACUAUUACAUUCGUACCUUGGAUCUCAAAUGCUUUGGUUCCUGAACAAAUUGUCUCCUGAAUGAUCGAAACCCAUAAAUGAGUGUUCCAGUUUUUGAAUGAUUUUCAGAAGCCAAACGUCUGGUUCGGCUUCCCUGGCUACCGAUUGGCUGCAGGAGCUUUCUGCAGCCAAUCAGAAACUGCUUUGGUUCCUGAACGUUUUGGAAGUCGAACAAACUUCCGGAAUGGAUUCCGUUCGACUUCCAAGGUACGACUGUAUAGAGAAUAGAAAAAACUAACUAAAAAUAUUGUUUAUCACUGGUAGAAAAUGUUGGAUAUCUACACACAUCGGGAUUGAUUGCUGAAUCGUUCUUUAGAACCAGACUAGACUUCCCAGGAUCCUUUGGGGGAAGCCAAGACUGUGUAAAGUGGCAUGAUACUGCUUUGAAUGUAUGGUGCAGGCGGGGCCUUAGUGUGAAGCAGAUUUCUGUGUUCCUCUGCAGGUUUGGCAGACGGCAAAUACAAUAAUUGCCACCACAUAAAGAUAUGAGGGACGCAGGUGGCGCUGUGGUCUAAACCACUGAGCCUCUUGGGCUUGCUGAUCAGAAGGUCGGCGGUUCGAAUCCCCACGACGGGGUGAGGUCCCGUUGCUCUGUCCCAGCUCCUGCCAACCUAGCAGUUUGAAAGCACACCAAAAAGUACAAGUAGAUAAAUAGGUACCACUCCAGCGGGAAGGUAAACGGCGUUUUCGUGUGCUGCUCUGGUCUCGGUGUUCUGUUGUGCCAGAAGCGGCUUAGUUAUGCUGGCCACAUGACCCGGAAAAACUGUCUGCGGACAAACGCUGACUCCCUCGGCCUUUAAAGUGAGAUGAGCGCUGCAACCCUGGAGUUGUCUGCGACUGGACUUAACUGUCAGGGGUCCUUUACCUUUACCUUUAAAUAUAUUUGCAGCGAUACAGGGUGCCUUUCCUUCAUGUUAUGCUUCCUUAGAGAUACUCGCUUCUCCUUAGCAAAAAAAAGUUUUCCAAAGGUGGCAUAUACUUAAUAUGGACAAAAUGCGCUCACUCCAGGGAUCGCACUACCAGAAAUCUUCCUGGGAAAUCCUAGUACAGUGGUACCUCGGGUUAAGUAUUUAAUUUGUUCUGGAGGUCCGUUCUUAACCUGAAACUGUUCUUAACCUGAAGCACCACUUUAGCUAAUGGGGCCUCCUGCAGCUGCCAUGCCGCCAGAGCACGAUUUCUGUUCUCAACCUGAAGCAAAGGUCUUAACCCGAGGUACUAUUUCUGGGUUAGCGGAGUCUGUAACCUGAAGCGUAUGUAACCCGAGGUACCACUGUACAGCCCCACUGUAGCAUUAAAUGCGGAGAUAAUAAAAUGCUUCCUGCCAAGAUUACCAGCAUCGUCAUGUUUAAGAGCAGGGGUCAGCAAACUUUUUCAGCAGGGGGCCGGUCCACUGUCCCUCAGACCUUGUGGGGGAGCCGGACUAUAUUUUGGGGGAAGAAAUGAACGAAUUCCUAUGCCCCACAAAUAACCCAGAGAUGCAUUUUAAAUAAAAGCACACAUUUGGCUCAUGUAAAAACACCAGGCAGGCCCCACAAAUAACCCAGAGAUGCAUUUUAAAUAAAAGGACACAUUCUACUCAUGUCAAAGCAUGCUGAUUCCCGGACCGUCCGCGGGCUGGAUUUAGAAGGCAAUUGGGCCGCAUCCGGCCCCGGGCCUUAGUUUGCCUACCCAUGUAUAAGAGCCAUGCCAGUAUCCCCAGUGUUGACGGGCGUGUUUUUAUAGCCUGCCGUCCAUCUGAAAUGGCUUUGCUUUGGGCUAAAUUGAACACACACACACACAGAGAUGCUAAGCCACUUAUGGGCAGAAAUAUUUUUAUUUGCUUUCAAGGAAAAGCGGUCAAUAAAUUUUGAGCAUGCCAGUAGCAAGAACCAAAUUCUGAUGGCCACAUUUGAACCAGAGAUAUUUUAUUGUGGUGCCCAGCCUGCUUUUCCUGAACACUUUCUGUCUCUUUCAGGACCUGAAGGAGCCUGCUUGGAAGCAGUGGCGAGAAUUCUUUGUGAAAUACUCUUUCCUGCCCUACCAGCUAAUAGCUGAGUUUGCUUGGGACUGGUUAGAGGUGCACUACUGGACGUCCCGCUUCAUCAUCGUCAACGCCAUGCUGCUUUCUGUGCUGGAGCUCUUCUCCUUCUGGAGGCUGUGGUCAAGAAGGGAGCUGAAGUAAGUCCCUCUCGGACCCUCCUACCUUCCAGAAUUAGCAACCCUGUUUUUGUACUUGUAAAAUCCCUUUAAUGUUUCCCUCUCUCUCUUUAUCACCGUCUUUUUGCGGAAAUCAAAGAGAGAACUUGCACUGAAUAGAGAGAUUCCUACUUUUCCAUCUCCCAGCUGUGACUCAGCUUCUUCCUGCUCAGGGGAGGAAAAGCUAGUUGUGCAAUGGUGUGCCAGGGAUCUUUUAUUUUUGGAUAUCAAAAAGUCCCCAAGGUUAACUUGACAUGUCUCGUUUAUGAGCAAAUUGCUUUCCAGUGAAAAGCAUGUGACUUAGAGUGCUCCAGAUAAGCAACCUUCAUUUGAAACGAAAAGGAGCGUCGUGAACCACACAUUUCCUGUACAUGUUGGAGGCCCACCCCCCGUUUUUGGUACUCUCCUCCCUCCUUUCUCUUAGUUUCCCUUUUGAGCUUGUUUAAAACUCCUUAAAACUAUUACGGUGGUCUUUUCCUGUAAAUGAUUGAACACGUUUGCUUUCCCUGAACGGUUGUGUGUGCGCAAGGAUGUUUUUAGUGCAGCUUCUGCAAGAGUUCCAAAGGUUCAUUGGAAAUGAGAUCUAGGGCUCUAAUCUGCUCUUUUCCCUCCCCAUCUAGGACAAUUCCUCACCGGAUGUGGGGCCAUUUCUGGAAAGUGUCCACCCAGGGACUCCUCAUGGCUAUUUUCUGGCCAGUUAUUCCUCAGUUUGUUUGCAACUGCCUGUUCUACUGGGCUUUGUACUUUAACCCAAUUAUAAACAUUGAUCUUGUGGUGAAAGAAAUCCGUCGCUUGGAAACUCAAGUGCUAUGA